UUGUCAGUAGUGUCACUCACCGUCAAAAAUUCAUUUUCCUGCUCUGUGAUUUGUUAUUUUCCUAGAGAUCUCAAAAAUUUGAAUUAGAUCACUAGAUCAGAAACCGAAAUGUUUUCCUCACUUCGUUAUUUGAAUCAUUUCGUUAAUUCCCGUAGUGCAGUUAACCAAAUAUUUUUAAGGAAUACCAGGAGUUAUGUCAAUUUGUUAAAAACGAAUUCCAGGUCAUACAACUGCCUUAAUUGUUCCCCACGAUCUAAUGCAUUACCAAAAUCCAAGAUUACAUCCCUUAGUUAUAAUGUAGUGAGAACAAAUGCACAAAAGACUCCGCAAAAUAAUGGAAAGAAAACUGUAGGGUAUUGGCUCCUAACAUGCAGUGGGAUGGUUUUUGUUGCAGUAGUUUUAGGUGGUGUUACGAGACUGACUGAAUCUGGGCUUUCUAUGGUAACAUGGAAACUAUUGGGGGAAAAAAUGCCGAGAACAGAAGAAGAGUGGCAGGCAGAAUUCGCUAAUUAUCAACAGUAUCCAGAAUUCAAAAUAAAGAAUAGGGAUAUGUCAUUGUCAGAGUUCAAGUGGAUAUGGUAUAUGGAGUUCGGCCAUCGAAUGUGGGGACGUGCUAUCGGAACUGCUUUUGCUCUACCAGCUGCUUAUUUCUGGUUUAAAGGAAUGCUCUGCAAACGUAUGAAAAUUCGAGUGGCAGCUUUUGGACUAUUGAUUGGAGCUCAAGGUCUGAUGGGUUGGUAUAUGGUAAAAUCUGGACUUGAAGAUCGUUUCCAUGGAGAAAGUGACAUUCCAAGAGUUUCUCAGUAUCGUCUAGCCUCCCAUCUAUCACUGGCAUUCAUACUGUAUACCCUUCUAUUAUGGUCAGCAUUAGAUAAUCUUCUACCUGCCCAAACAUUAGAAACAGCGCAACAAAGUGUUAUAAAAGCAGCUAGAAAAUUCAGAAUGCUUGCACACAGUUGUAAAGGAUUGGUUUUCCUGACAGCUAUUUCAGGAGCGUUUGUGGCAGGUUUGGAUGCUGGCCUAGUUUACAACUCGUUUCCAAAAAUGGCGGAUAAAUGGAUACCAGAUGACAUCAUGGCUUUCUCGCCAAAACUGUCAAAUAUAACUGAAAAUCCCACAACGGUUCAGUUUGAUCAUAGAAUAUUAGGUACUACAACACUAUCUUUGAUAACUUUACUUUGGUGGUCAUCAAGGAAGAAGACACUUCCACCAAGAGCAUAUACAGCAGCGAAAUGUUUGGCAGCCAUGGCUUGGCUUCAGGUUGGUCUAGGAGUAACAACAUUACUCACAUAUGUACCUGUAUCAUUAGCCGCAAUGCAUCAGAGUGGCUCAUUGAUGCUGCUGUCGUUUGCUGUUUGGUUAACACAUGAAUUGAAAAGGUUACCUAAGAUUUAAUGACUGGCGAUUUGUCAUGAAAAGAAUGAGAUGAAAUUUAUAAUUUUUAAAAAUAAAAGUAACUAUAUUUUUAAUUCCUUCUAGCCUACCUCAUGCUAGUUGUUUCAUUGUGAUAAUUUUCAUAUCUUUUAUUUGAAUAAAAUUAUUGAAUCGUU